GAGUACGAAGGUCUUUGGUCUGAGAAGUAAACAAAGUAUAUAGAUGAUAUUGCUAAGAACUGGAGAUUAAAGUGAGAUGUAGAGCAGAAAAAUCUGACGUUAGGCGUAGGAACCGUCAAAGCAGUCACUGAAAGACAUUAAUUUUGGUAAAGUGAUUUGCAAAAUAAUUGUGGUGUACUACACACGGUUGUUGUUCCGCAUAUGCAAUCGAUUUGACCGUAAUCGGAUUUGUUGCAGAACUAGACAGUUAUAAAAUGACUUCCAGAGGGCAGGUGGAAACUGAGAAGUUGAAACAAAACUUGGAAGCACAGUUAGAAAGACUGGUGCAGCAGCUUGCUGAUCUAGAGGAAUGCAGGGACGAGCUGGAUGCCGCUGAGUAUGAGGAGACGAAGGAGGAGACGAUGGAGCAGCUGCGCGAGUUCAAUGCGUCCCUCUCCAAGAUGAUUUCCGGAGACAUGACUCUCGUGGACGCACUUGCCUCCAUGCAGCUGGCGACCCAGGCGGCCAUCAGCUCGGCUUUCCACACCCCCGAGGUAAUCCGGAUGUUCGCACGGCGCGAGCCCGCACAGCUGCGGCAGCGACUCCGAGAGAUCGAGUCGCGUGUGCCAGAGGCCACCGGUGAGAAGUUGCAGCGCGAGAUCCUGUCGGCACUGCGGCAGCUGGGGGAGCGGCUGUCGGCACAGGAGCUGCAGUUCUUGGCAGAGGCAGGAGCGCAGGGACCGCCGCCCCCGGCCGCCCGCCACCAGUUCGACCUGCUGCCGCAGGAUGGCUCCGAUGGCAGCGAUUCGAGUCGACAGCGUGCCCUGGACAUGGUGGGCUCCGAAGUGCGGGCCGUCGCCAGGUCCUGAUGUUGCACCCCGGAAACCGUUUCUGAGGUGGCGUCACAGAGGGAGAUGUGUUUAGUGACUGCCGCCGCCAGAUACGUCGAAUGCUGUGCCCCACUGUGCCGUCCUGUUCCUAAACAUUGGGAGGCAGCUGCAAAGCCAGGAACUGGGCGGAUUCAUUUUAUUUGUACAAAAAUGUUCUGUCAGCACACAAGGUGCUGAGAGGGACCAAGAUAGCAGUCCCACACCAGGUGUCUGCAAUAAAGUAAUGGAAACCAC